AGUAUCGACAAUCGUUGCACCUUUCGAAAGUUUGAGUAUUCUCCCAAGGGUAUUCCAGCUUGCGAAGACCGACGGUUAGCCCGUGGUUUGCGCUGGUCUUUGCUUCCCGCGUUCUCGAUGAAUGGUAUGCUGGGUCAUUCAUGCUACCAGGGCAGUUUCAAUGCUGAUCAAUUCGUCGAUUUCAUAGCGGAUGAUCUCUUGGUGCACCUCAACCCUUACCCGUAGUCUAGGAGUGUGGUUGUCAUGGAUAACUGUGCUACACAUCAUAAUCCAGGGUAA